AUGCUGCCGCGCCGCCGCCCUAGGACGUUGACGGGUUUCCUCGGCGUGCGGCGGCAGUACUCUGGCCAUUUCACUGCAGAGAUCACUGUUGACAACCUGCGCUGGUGGCUCGGGACAUUCGUGUUGCUGGAGCUCGACGUGCGCAUGUGGACGUUCGGCUGGCCGCACGCCGAUAUGAACUUGACCCUUGUGGAGAGCCUAAAGAAGGACGAGUUCCUAUCGCUACCGGUGAGCAUGGUCACUCGCGAGCAGGAGAAGCAGAAUCAUCGCGCCUUUUUGCAGAUUAGGGCGCACGAGGCCGACGAGGAGGCAAUGGCAAAGAUUCACCGUGAUCACCCCGAGCUUGUUCAGUUCGGGACUAGGUACUUCACAGAGAGGGAGAAGCCCAAGAAUAAGAAGAAAUAA